GUUAUCGUCAAACUAGUGAACGUUGUUGGGAUUUUGGCUCUGAAAAUUUUUAAAUUUUCGACCUAUUUUGUGCAUGAGUAGAUUAUGUGAAUUUAGGUUAAUUUAAAAAUAAAUAUUUGUGUUGUGGUAAUGUUAAGUAGCAGCAAACAAAAGAUAAUAUUGUGUUUCGAUAUUACGACUUCAUCUUACCCUUUUAUCGCGUAGUCUGCGAGCCGACCUCAGGGUGAUGUCUACUUCAAGCAAUAUUUCGCAGUCAGUGUCAGAACCCGAAACUCCACAGAGCACAAAUCAAAGCAGAAUCCAAAACUUUGAUCAAUCCUUGAAUCAUGUGGAGCUGGGGCACAGCAUUGAGCAAUCCUUGAAGAGUGCACAGAAGGAGGUGCAUCAAAAAAGGAUUCAGUUUCUGAGAAAAGAACUUGAUUAUUUAAAAUCCACUGAAUGGCAAUUUGAGUAUGAUAAAGGGUUUGUCCAGUAAAUAGUUUAAUCAAAAUGAUAUCUUAUAUUAUAUCUUUCUUUAACAACUUGUUUGCUAAAAAUCAUGAUGACAAUGAUGAUGAUAAGGAAAACUUUCUUGCUGAACAGCUAUUGGAUUUAGAAGCAGAAGCGACAGAACCAAUAAGUUUCGAAUCAGAGCCCCAACCUCUGGAAAUACCGAGAAAUUCCAUAUGUUUUCAAAAAACAGGCAUUGUAACAUUUAUUGAGCCGAAUCAAUAUAUUCUAAUAGAUGGUAAUUUAUACUAUGAGCUCAUAACAUGCAACUUAAACUUAAAACUGAAAGAUAAAGUCUUGUAUCUUGGCUACAAAGAUUCUUAUGACUCAGUGAAAGUUGUAAGGAUCCUAGAAAACCAGGGAUUAUACUGGGACGAUGAAAAUGAAGAUAAAAUGGAGGGAGAUUGUUUUCAAGUUAUUGAACACACACUGAUUGGAGAAGUGGACCACAGAGAGGAUCGGUUUGUUUUCAUGAAAGACAAUGACUUAAAAUUCAGUUUGGAUAAUGUAGAAGGAACCUUUGUUCCGGUGAAAGGAGACUGGCUAGAAUUGAAAUGCAGAGUGCAGUAUGAUGAAAAUAAACCUACUGACAUAACAGCUUCACAAGUGUUGGAAGUGAUGUCAUUCAAGGCUAUAAGAAGAAAAAUAAAGAAUGCUACCAUAUCUGGUUGGUUUGGGGAAUCUGGUAUUUGUGACCGUCUGGUUUACUUUGAUAAACAAUCUUUGCAAAAUGGAAUGACCCCUAGAAUUGGCUCAAAGGUAAUCGUUGAAGCCAUAGAAAGUAACCAAGGUACAUGCACAUGGAGAGCAAUAAAGUUGAUAACUCUUGAUGAUGGACUGCCUAUUAAAAAAGAAAAUAGUGUUGAUGUUGAUGAUGAAGAAACAAAUAAUAUAGAAAUAGAGAAAAACAUUUCAGUAACAAAACCAAUCAAAUUUGAUAAUGUUCGUUACCAAGAGAAAGCUGUGCUCCAAAUAAAUAUUAUGAAUAAUAGUAAUGAACCUUAUACCUUGAAUAAAUGGAUUAUGCUUGGUAGAAAACGCGACUCCCAAGUCAAUAUCGAGCCAUUACUUAAUCACCCAAAGAAAAUUUAUCCUCUAGAGACUUUUUCACUAGAAGUGACAUGCUAUCCAAAAUUUUUAGGGAGCACUAAAGAAUGUUUGGUCCUAUUGUUUCGAGGUUUCCAAGUAAAAAGAUUUAUCCACAUCAACAUUUUAGAUAAAGAAACGAAGUUAAAUGGUAUUUGUAACAAUAUAAAUUACAAGACUGAAAAAGAGAAAAUUAGUAUUAUGCGAAAUUUAAGGAAAAAUGGAAAUAAUUCUACAAUGCCUGGUGUGAGUCCUGUGAAGCCACCAGCUUUUGUUCCAGUCAAACUUGGAGGGUUUCCUAUACCUGAAAAGGUGUGGUCAGCAGUGCUAGGUCAUUCCCAACAAACAAUACAUGAAUCUGAUUUCCAAAAUAUUUUGGAGAGAAUCGAGAGAAACUUUCCAUGCUUAAUUCAAGAUUUAAAUAUCAACAACUACCUUGAUAGAUGGCAUUUACUAUUAUACAUGGAAGAGAUACAGGAGAAUAUUGGAAUAAGAGUGUAUGAUACUCCCAAAGCUUUCCUAAUAAGAUGUCAAGAAUAUCUUUGUCUUGAAAUAAAAGGUCUAGCAGAAAGGAGGCCGUCUCUUAUGAGAGGAGAUAGAGUGAUAGUUAAAGAUAUUUGGAAUGAAAGUGCUCCUCAAUAUGAAGGGUACAUUCAUGCGAUUAAAAAUGAUAUUGUUCUUAUUCAAUUUCACAGAAGUUUUCAUGAAACAUACUCUGGAAGUGAUGUGUCGAUCGAGUUCUAUUUUAGUAGAACCCAGUACAGACGAGCACACCAAGCAAUAAAUUUAGCUAUUUCUAAUUUGGGCCCUGAUGUACUUUUUCCACGUCGAAUACUUACUCGUACCCAUCAAGUCCCUCAAGAGCACAUAAAGAACAUUAAAUGGUUUAAUGAAGAUAUAAAUCAUGGACAAAAAUCCGCCAUUACUAAUAUAUUAAUUGGAGAAUGCCGCCCUUUACCAUAUUGCAUAUUUGGACCACCUGGUACAGGCAAAACUAUAACAGUUGUUGAAACAAUUUUGCAAAUUUUGACUCUCAUGCCAGAAAGCAGAAUCCUAGUGGCGACUCCAUCGAACAGCGCUGCGAAUUUAUUGACAGAAAGGCUUAUCAAAUAUAGAAACUCUUUUCCUGACUCCAUUAUAAGACUGCUAGCACAUUAUCUGAUAGACUCCGACAACAUUCCAGAUAUUAUUAAACCAUUUUGUGCAACACUUGAUAUUGCCCGAGAAUAUACUGUCAAAUCUAAAUAUGAAGUCAAAGAUAGAAUGAAUCUUCAUUGCCAGACUUCAUUUGUAGGAAGACAUCGGGUAACGAUUGGCACUUGCUAUUGUAUUGGUGCUCUCGCUCAGAUGGGUUUGCCAAAGGGUCAUUUUACUCACAUAAUCGUUGACGAAGCUGGUCAGGCAACUGAGCCGGAAAUCAUGAUACCUUUGACAUUUUUAGAUAAAGACAAUGGGCAAAUUAUUCUUGCUGGCGAUCCAAUGCAAUUAGGACCUGUAAUAGUGUCUAAAUACUGUCAAGAGUUUGGCAUGAGUGAGUCUUAUUUAUCGCGGUUACUUGACACAUUCCCUUAUCAAAAAGAUUAUGCCGCAUAUGCAGAUGGAUUCGACAAUCGACUAGUUACAAAGUUGAAUUGUAAUUAUAGGUCAUUGGAGACAGUGCUAUCGUUGCCCAGUGAAAUGUUUUAUGAUGGAACUCUUGUCCCUAAAAUUGAUGCAACUGAGCCUCGGAUUACUAAACUUCUGAAUGAUAUUUCACAGAGUUUAGACCUUCCCAAUGAAAAAACCGGUGGAAUAUAUGUUUAUGGGAUUAGAGGUGAAAAUGUAAGAGCAGAUGAUAGCCCUUCCUGGUACAACCCACAUGAAGCCUCUAUGAUGGCUCUUACCACCUGCAAGUUGUUAAAAAAUAAUGUUAAUAUUGAAGACAUUGGGAUAAUAACACCAUAUAUAUCUCAGGUUAAACAUUUAAAGGUCCUGUUUGAAGCAAUGGGUCUACCACAACCAAAAAUUGGGACAGUCGAAGAGUUCCAAGGGCAAGAGAGGCCAUUAAUUCUGAUAUCUACCGUUCGGGCCUCUGCAUCCUAUUUGGUUGAAGAUCUGAAGCAUGCACUAGGAUUUGUAAUGAACCCCAAAAGAGUAAAUGUAGCUCUAACGAGAGCACAAGUCGCUGCAUUUCUUUUCUGUGACCCACAUCUGCUAAUUAGGGACUUCUUGUGGCAGAGAGUCAUCCAGCAAGCUGUUAAGGAGGAUAAAUAUUUUGGUUGUCAUCUACCCAGUUUUAUUGAUGUUAAUAUCAGUGAAAUGUAAAUGUGACAGUUUUAAAGAUUUGUAAUAAAUAGAUAUUAAGUCUG